CCGCCACCCCCUCAGCCUCGCGCUCGCCCAAAUCUUCGUGCCGCAGCUGGCUCCGUCGCCCGGCCGUCGUUCGGGCGGGUCGCUCUGAUUGCUUGAAGCCGUCCUUUCCGGACGGCUCCUUCGCGCGGCCAUGGAGCCGCGGACCCGAGUCCAUCGCAAUGGCACCGUGGGGAUGGCAGCUUUUCGUCCGGCCCACCACAUGCUGCUGCGGCUGCCGACGCCAUGACCUCUGCCCAGCGCCGCACCUCAUGCUCAUCCCCAUCUUCUCCCUCAGCAGACACCUCGCACCAUGUCCCGUCCUCUCUCCGACACCGGCUACUGGGCACAGCAGCAGUCGGCACAGCAGCCGCACUACUCGAGCCACAUGGACGCCACGUCGCUGCCGGCGUCGUCGUCGUUCUACGCACCGACGCAGCCGGCUCCCUCCUCCAGCGCCGGCACCGGCUACGGGCAGCAGCGCACCGCCGCGGCCCAGGGCGGCAGCUACGGAUCGCCGCUGUUCAACAACUCCGCCUCGGGCGCCGCGCCGCUUCUGACGGCGCACCAGCAGCACAGCUACGGCGGCGUCGCCCCGACGUACGCCGGGCAGCACCACACCUCGGCGGCGCAGACGUCGUACGGCGGCUACGCGGCAUCGCAGGCGCAGCCGCAGCAGGGCGUCUACGCAACCUCGACGUCGUCGAGCUUCCUGCCUCUGCCGGGUACCAGCUCGGCACCGACACACGGCGGCAUGUACAGCCACAGCAACGGCAGCGGCGGCAACGCGUCGCAGCAGCACUACGGCUACGCCGCCGGCUCGCCCGAGGCGCUGUACGGCAUGCACAGCUCGUACGAGCACGUCAACGGCGGCCAGCACCUGCAGCACGGCGGCGCCAACGGCGGCAUGCAGACGCGCCCGAAGCGCAAGCAGGUGAAGAACGCCUGCAUCAACUGCCAGAAGGCGUGCAAGAAGUGCGACGAGGGCCGGCCAUGCUCGCGCUGCGUCAAGUACGGCCUCACGGACUCGUGCCAGGACAGCUCGCGCAAGGAGCGCAAGCGCGGCAUCAAGCGCGGGCCAUACAAGCGCCGCGCUGCCACCAUCACCGGCGUCGCUGGCGGCGCCGCCCUGGGCUACGCACCCGUGAACGGUGCCUCGACCCGCGCCGACGACUCGAGCCGCGGCGCCUCCAACUCGAACAGCGCGAGCGCCAGCUUCGCUCGCGGCAGCCCGAGCGGCUACGGCAGCAACGGCGACGUGGACAACUCUGCCUUCGCCGGCUCGCCGCACUUCUCUGCCGCCUCGGCACCGCCGCUCCACCACACGUCGUCCUCGCCGCACAUCUACGCACGCGAUCAGCCGCGCAGCGGUGGCUACGAGCGCCGCACCUUCGCCGAGGAGCACCAGCUGCAGCAGCAGCAGCAGCAGCCGCAGCGCUUCCAGGACUCGAUGGGCGGCCACGACCGGUCUGCGUCGACGCCCAUCGGCUCGGCAGCCUCGCGGCCUCUGGCGUCACCAUCGCUGUACUCGAACGGCUCGCUGCACCAGCUGCCGUCCCUCGGCGGCGGCGCCGGCGGCGUGUCUUCGCCAGUGUACGGCAGCGCCGCGCAGUCGUCGCGUCUCGGCGGCUCCGGCGCAAGCGGCGCCUCGCUCUUCUCGCCGCCCAUGCUGCCGUCGUCGACCGGCCUCGGCGGCUCCGGCUCGUACGCCGGGCACUCGUCGGCGCACCACCGCCUGCACUCCGACGGCUCGUACCCGAGCACGCCGCGCACGCCGCUUCUCGGCACCGAGUAUGUGCACCACCCGCCGUCGACGACGGGCGCCACGGGCGGCGCAGCGGGCAUCGUGCCGGCGCACACCGCCGGCGCAUUCCUGCACCCCCAGGCGUCCAGUGCGCAGUUCGCGCUGCACCUGCCGCAGCGGGCGCGCGCCAACCCCGGCGGCCCAGCGCAGCACGACUCGGUCGCCGCUGCGCUGUACGGUCCCGCCGCUGCCACGGCCGCCCGUGCCGCCUUCCCGCGCCUGGCCCCGGGCGCCGAGGACGAGCUGGCACCCAUCAAGCCGCGCCUGCCCCUGCAGGCCUGAGCGACGGGCCCGCUGCUCCUCCCGCACGAGGCCUGUCCUCUCCCAAUACGCAUCCGCACACAUACUUCCCGACCCGUCCGUCCCCCCCGCCCCUCGCGUCCCCUGUUCCCCGUCCCCUGCCGUGUCUCGUUGUACCGAAAGCCUACGCGCCUCUUGUUGUACUCCAGCGUCUGCCCAUGCAUUGCACCUAUAUUUACUGCG